AUGGGCGAGGCAUUCCAGUGCUAUCCCAUUGUCGUCGGCAUCGUGUCCCACAUUGACCUCAACACUCUCGAUGCAUUGGCCCGCUCGUGUCGUCUUAUCCACGAUGGCCUGAUCCAAUACCGAACGAGUCUCAUGGCCGCGACGCUGCGCUGCUCCCGAGAGGCUGUACCGGUCGACCCAGAGCAGACGCUGCGAUACCGCGCGCGAGCGAGCGACUGGAAUUACAUGGACGAUGGGCGCAAUCAUAACGGGAAAGCGGGCAGCUGCGCUCGCGACCUGGUCACUGAAUGCAGGAGAUGCGCCGACGUGAUUUGCAGGAACUGCGCCAUCAAGCCUCCUCUCUCGACUGCUCUGCGCGAGCGUCACCGUCGGCUGUGUGUCACUUGCGCCAAGGCUCCCAUUGCGGCGCUCGCGUCGCCGGCGCUGGAUCCAUCGUUGCCUCUCAGCUCCGAGGCUGUACAACGCGCGAUAUGUCAGUGCGACACCGAAGGCGUCUGGCUAUGCCAGCCUUGCGGCCAUAGCAUCCGCAAUGCAGACCACGACUACAAAGGAAUCUGGCGCUGGCGCACCAAAUACGGGGGCUUCACCGGCAUCGGAGACGGCGACCGCGGCGUAAUAUGUGGCCGCGAGGAAGCCUGUCUCGCUGCUCGCGAGCGGGAGCAGGAGACCGACUGCGAUGCCGAAGAUGCCCGGGGCAACACCCUGUCCAUCAUCGACGAGAUGCGCCAUCAGCGGACGCCGUCGCCGCAGCUGGGGCCGGGAUACGAGAGGCACGAAAUCGAGGGCAUAGGCGGCAUCGUCAAGCGCAAGCUUGUCCGCAUGGUGCGGGUGGGGGCCUGCGUGCCUGAGUGGGAGGACGAAAAGGGCAGCAACAACAAGAUUCUGGCUCGUGAGGUGAAUGGCGCGGCACGAAGCUGGUGCGGCUGGUGCUGGAGAGUCAUUCCGGGCGAGAAGGACAAGAAGCAGGUUGCAAAGCAAUGA